UCACGCCAGCGGAGUGGGACUGCGCAUGCGCAGCAGCGGUGCUCAGCUGCCUGAGCGCGAGCCGGGUGAAAAUGGCAAAAAACAAUUUUAUAUUCACGCAGUGCGUCUUGUAUUUUUUGGCUUUCGUCUUUGGGUUUAUCGCGGUAGUGCCUCUCUCGGAAAAUGCUGAGGACUUCGGAGGGAAGUGUUUGCUGUUCACGCGGGGUAUGUGGCAGAAUGAGAACAUCACGGUGUCCAAGCAGCGCUUCAUGGUGGAGGAAUGGGGACCGCAGUCCUCCUGCAGCUUCAUCACCUUCGUCGGCGUGGCCUCCCUCGUGCUGGCCGCUGUUCAGGCCUGGAGACUGCUCUUCCUCAUCUGCAAAGGCCAUGACGACUCCAUAUUUAAUGCCUUCUUGAACCUGCUGAUCAGCUUGUUUGUGGUGUGCGCUGUGUUCCUGUCCAGCACCAUUGUGACUGUGGGCUUUAACCUGUGGUGCGAUGCUAUUACUGAGGGGGGCAGCAUGCCCAGCAGCUGUGAGGAUUUACAGGACACUGAUUUGGAGCUGGGGUUAGACAACUCUGCAUUCUAUGACCAGUUUGCCAUUGCACAAUUUGGACUGUGGGCUGCUUGGUUGACCUGGUUGGGUAUCACAUUCAUGGCCUUCCUGAAGGUCUACCAUAACUACCGUCAGGAAGACCUGCUGGACAGCCUGAUCCAUGAGAAGGAGUUCCUGCUAGGCCGUUCCUCACGCCGCUGCUCUGACAUACUGGAUAAGAAAAGUCCCAUGAUCUGAUUCUCUCUGGGAGCACAGCACUUGGUCCGAUUGUCUGAAUGUGAUGAUCUGAGAUGAGACGCAAAGCUGACGUGCACUGAAAUGAAUAGUAUUUCACGGUUCUUUUUGCCACAAACGUGUUGGACACACACUGUUAAUACACCUAACACAGCUUCUUGACAGCCUGGCUAUCAUCUGUGGGAGGCUGGUAAAACUGAAUGAAACAUUGACAUGUACGUGUGUAAAAGACUGCCUGCAAGCUUUCCCCAAAGACUUCAUUAUUUAAAAAAAAUCUAAAGUUAUUAAUUUUUCUUUUGUUAACUUUUUAGACAGUGCUAAAUUAUAAAUACUAAAUUUCAUGCACUUUUUUUGCUUAGCUCUCUCUGGGGCAAAAAAAGUUAAAGAAAUUUAGAAUUUUUUUUAACAUAUCAUGAAGUGGUUCCUAAGAUUGAAUGGUCUUUUUGUGAAUUUUGUGGCAAAGAGAACCUUGGCUCAUUUUUAGUCCCAGAACAUAGAGAUGACCACAGCUUUUACAGUUAUACAGGGGCUAAAAAUGUAAAUGACUGUAAUAACUCUAUAGUGCUAUUAAAUUAUUGUGAACCCUGUUUACGCUACAAUUAGUAUAAAUAUUGCACAUUUCCAACAAGUCUUUCUAUUACCAUUAUAUCUAAUUGUACUUUUACUCCAUUAACCACAACCUCAAAUUUUGGGUACAAAUUAUUAUACUGUAUCUGUUAUAAGGCUUGAAUUCUGUAAUACGAAUCUCAUUAGAGUGCUUGUGAGAAACUCAGAUAUAAAUUAGAAACAGUUUUUCAGUUAGCGUUUUCUAUAUACAGUAUUUAAUCUAUAUUGGUUUACAGUAAGUAUCUCUUUCCUUGGGUUCUGUUCUUACCAUUUCAUUAUUAUCUAUAUGUAUAUGCAUAUACAGCAAGUGUGAUGUAUGUGAAGACGCGUACAACCAUAUAGGCAGUUCAAUAUGAAAAUAUGUGCUGCAUUACCUUCUUGCAUCUUCUAAUGAAAGACCAUGGUGGACAUCUUAAAUCAUACGACAUUUUCCAAAUGAAACAAAAUGGGUAUUGAAGCAAAAAAGGGCAUACAGUUGCACAGUGUGUAGUCUUUCUGCAUUACUUUUUUCAUGCAAUGUAUAAGUAUUUGCCACCUGAAAUCUUGCUGCAUGCUGCAAUAAGUGUGUGUGUGCAUUUUCAAUUUAAUCGACUUAAAAACAGAAAAUAAUUAUUUUGUAACCUCAAUGGCAUAUUUUUAGUCUGUGUGUUUAUUAAUUUAGAAAAUGCAUGAAUAUUGAUUUGAGCAUAUCUUUGCAACCUGUUAAACCUUUGUCCUCCAUGUCCCAUAGAAAAAAAAAACAUAUUCCAUAUUAACCGUGUCCUUGUUUCUU